AUGGAGUUCAACGCCUCCUACUUCCACGCGUUCGGCAACCCCGACUUCGCGGCGGUCUUCUCCGGUGGCAGCGCGCAGGCCCUCCGGCCGCCGUGCCCCUCGGCCGGCGGCGACGGCCACGGCGACGGAGCCAGCGUGAAGGCGGAGAAGGGAGCGGUGGCUAGGCAAAGCACCACCGCCACCCCAUCGACCGUGACCUUUACGGUCCCGGACGAGGAGCUGGGAGAGGCGCAACACUUCCUCAACGAGUGCUCCCGCUGUCGCAAAUGCCUCACCGGCGACAUCUUCAUGUACAGAGGGGACACGCCAUUCUGUAGCGAGGAAUGUAGGAGGAAGCAAAUCGAGACGGAGAAGGCCAGACACCGGAGGAAGAAGCAAAACUCCCCAAAGGCGCAGGCGGCUGUGGCGGCGGCUGUGGCAGCGGCGGCAGCGGAGAGAGAGAACGAACCCCAGCGGCGACGACCGCAGCCACAGUAG